AUGUUUGUCAAAAAGCAAACCAACAUAGACAGUGACUCUGAAGCAGAGAAAGACGUUGUGGGUAUCAACCAGCCAUACUCGCCCAAACCAGCCACACUCGAUACUAUACCAGUGGUCCCUAAACUUGAGAUCCCGACCCCUGUCCAAAGAAUCAUCACUGAGAUUCAGGAAGCGCAGCGCCAGAGAGCCAGAGAGGAAGUUAUGAUGCAAUUAAAUGCCAUAACAGAGAAUGUGCAACGGAUAAUAAAUCGCUAUAAUUAUGAGGAUCCCACGUACUCUGGAAAGAAAAUCUCUAUUACAGAACAUAGAAAACGAAGAAAUCUUCUCCUGGAGAAAAUAAACAAUCAUGCUAAGAGUGUUGAGAAUUCAGAAAAGACUCUUGCUUACAUCCUGGCCUGGUUGGAAGAAUGGAGUGGUGUUUUGCCUGGUAUGACUGAAGCUGAUGUUGAUGAGUACUACUACUGCAUAGCAAAAUUGGAGAUUUUACCCAACACACUUAAGUCUAUUGAUUAUAAUAUUGAAACACUGUCUAGAAUUUGUACAUAUUUGAUUGAUGAGAGAAGAAAACAGAAGAGAAAAACAGUAUUUAGAGGUACCCUAUGGAAAUCUUGGAAAGAAAGAGUUACAAAGCGACCUGCAACAGCCCAUGCUUUAAAACCAGAACAGAUACUUAGUGAUGACUUUGCAACAAAAACAAAGAUUUCAGAAAUCCAAGAUAUGCUACAUGAACUUGCAGGUACUUCAAUGUUCACUAAAUUGGAAAGCAAUGCUAUUAAAUAUAUAUCAGCAACAAUAUCAAGCCUCUCUAAAGCUUUGGCUACACUAAAUGAUGAAGUAAAAGUAUUAACACUCCAAAGUAGCAUUGGGCAAACAGAUGAGGAAGAUGAAAAUAAAAAAUAUCUAAUAAAUAAGCAAAUAAUAAGCUAUAUUUGUGAAAAAAAUGAAAUGCUUCAGCAGAGCCUUCAAAAUGCAGAAGAAAAAUAUGAAAAACUUUGUCAACAAGUAACGUCUGCACCAGUCGUUAGACCACCAGCUGAGCUUCCUCCCCAAUCAUCCUUGGUUAGUACCACAGAAACCAGUUUAGAUAAAGAAACUGAAAGUAUUGUAGAUGAGGUCCCUCAAAAAGAGGCCGAAACUUUGGGGAUGAAGUGGGACUCAACUAUUCCACAAAUAUACCAAGAUGAACAGAUAUCUCCUGAUAAAGAAAUCACCCAAGGCAAGUUAUCAAAGAAAAGAAGUAGUUAUGCGACUGACCAGUCACAGAAAAAAAGGCAUGUUAAAGGCCCAAGUGCACCUAAGACUUCUGUAUCAAAAUACAGAAUGGAUAAAGACGAAGAGGAAAUCGAAGGCACCAAACCUGAUAUCCAAGUUGAGUUACCACCGCUGGAAGAGAUGAAAGAAGAAACAGGAUCAGAUUCCACUCUUGUAUCCAAAAGUCCAGGUGUCUCUUAUGAUGACUCUUCUAAGAGUGGUACAACUGAUCAACUCAGGAAGAUCAAGUCUUUGUAUUUCUUUGAGAGAAAAGAUACUCGGUCAGAGUCUACAGAGGAAGAGACCCCUGAGUCAAUAUACAAAGAUACUAGGCAGAUUGGUGAAUCACAGUCAAAGACAGGCCAAAAAGAGAUUCCCACUCAGAAAGUGAAACCAAAAAAAGAAACUCAUUCAGAGACUACAAAGGAAGAGAUCCCUGAGUCAAUAUACAAAGAUACUAGGCAGAUUGAGGAAGUACAGUCAAAGACAGGCCAUAUAAAGGUUCCUAUUGAGAAACUGAAACCAAAACACCAGAAACGGAUUUCAAAACUAGCUGCAAGUGAAGAGGGAGAAAUUGCUAAGAGUGUGCCAGUCUCCACCGAACCUUACAAACUUGAAAGAACAUCUACGAUAACCAGAGAGACUUCAGAAUUUACCAGAGAUCUAGAAAGUGAACAAGGUGAACAUGAACAAAGAAACAUAGACGACUUUCAGAAAUUCAUAGUAGAUUACCUAAAAAGCAGAAUUAAGGAAGUAGAAAAGCUUUGGGAUAAAAAAACUUGGCACAAAGAGGUAGUAGACAAAAAAAAAGAUGAAGAUACAGGAGUUAUAAAGGAACAAAUAGAGGAAUACUUUGAAAAAGUGGCUGACACAGUAACAGCUGUCGUGAAAAAGUACAAAGAUAUAAAAAAGAAGAAAAAAAGAGAAGACAAGCCAAAAGACGACGUCUCAAUUAUACCAGAAUUGAAUGUUCAGAUGCCAAGUAUAGAAACAUCUGCAACUAGCACCUCAGUCCCAUAUAGGCGCACGGAUCCAAUAACUGACCAUUUAGUGCAAAGGAUACUGACUGAAAUAGUAAGUGAGACAGAUAUUUUAGAAGUCUCUGUAGAAGACAAAGACCAGGAGGAACAAAAAAAAAUUCAAGAGGAAUAUUUACAAAAAGGUCAAGAAAAAGAUACUGAUAUGAGUCUUAAGUCCCAGUCGCGAAGAGAAAGACGUGGGAUGAUAAAUCAGAAUUUAGAGAAGGGAGAAGCAGACUUCCAGGUGGAAGAGGAAAAGCAAACACAGUGGCAGGAAAAAGAGGUGAGAGAGAAGCAGCUAAAACAGAGGACGCAAGUGCAGACUGAACAAGAUAAAGGACAAAGAGAAAGGGAAGCCCAGCUUGAGAGGUCAAAGCAACAGCAACCGGAAGAGAGAAAGUAUAAAGUGACACUAAAAGAAUUUCCAGUGACAAAAAAUAAGGAAGAGCAGGGGAAAAUGGAAGUUUCAGAGUCGGGUGUUGGUAAGGAAAAAGAAGGGUUGAUGAAGACACGAAAGAAAAAGACAGAAGACUCUGAAGGGCAGAGGCCGAAAAAAAAGGGGGGUGGAAAAGAGAAAAAACCUGAAGAAGUAAGACUUGAGAUCUCUCCAUCUAUCACAGGAAAAGGUCAAUUGAAAGACGUGUCUGACUCAGACCUAAAAGAAGAGUUCCAAGGAGCUCAGUCAUCAGAGAAACACGACACAACUCUCCCAUCUCCAACCACUUCUAAACCCCCAACAAAAUUACCCCCAUCUAGGAUCAGUCCUGUUUCUGCGGGAGAGGUUCCAAAGAAGCAAGUCACUGUCACACCUAAGCAAGAGAAGGAAUUGGAGACAAGUCUUCUUCCUGAGAAGGCCGAGUCAUCAGAAGAAUCUCUUAUACUACAAUACACCAAGGCAAAACACAUCCGUCCAAUUUCUAAACAAGAACAAAAAUUGAGGGUCCCAACUACCGAAGGACAAGUCCAAUCACAGGAGACUAUUCCUACUCCUAAACAGAUCCAGGAACAAGGCAUUACUCUAACGCUCCAACAAGCGGAAUCACUGGGGAUUGACAUCAUUACUGAGCAGGUCCAGGAAGGAGGGGUCACUCUCACACUGCAACAAGCCAAGGAUCUAGGAUUAAGACUCACCAAGGACCAGAGAGAAGCACUAGGGGUCGAAUUUAUGCCUGAGCAGGUCCCGUUAUCAGAGAUCACAGUCAUCCCUGAGGAGGCUCAGUUACCAGGAGUUACUGUCACCCCAGAGCAGGUACAGGUACAGUUGCAGAGGAUCACUGAAGCCCGCAAGGAAACCCAGGAAUGGAGGAGCACCCUCACCCCGGAACCGGUCCAGGCAGGAGGGGUCACUCUCACUAUGCAACAGGCACAGGCACUGGGGCUCCCUCUAACCCCUGAUCAGAUGCAAGUACUGGGGGUCACCCAAAGACGAGAGCAGGUCAAGUUGCAAGUCCUGGGGGUCACCCAAAGACCAGAGCAGGUCAAGGUACCAGAGAAAACUAUUUCCCUUGAGCAGCCCCAGGUACCUGGGAUCACUAUCACCCCUGAGCAAGCCAAGGCACUUGGGGUCACCCUCACCCCUGAGCAGGUCCAGGCAGGAGGGGUCACUCUCACUCUGCAACAGGCUCAGGCACUGGGGCUCCCUCUAACCCCUGAUCAGAUGCAAGCAGGCGAGGUCACUCUCACUCUGCAACAGGCACAGGCACUGGGGCUCCCUCUAACCCCUGACCAGAUGCAACAACUGGGGGUAACGCUCACCCCUCAACAGGAACAGAUACCGGGGGUCACCCCCACCCCUCAGAGGGCACAGGAACUGGGGAUCACCGCCACCCCUCAGAGGGCACAGGAAUUGGGGGUCACCCUCACCCCUCAACAGGCACAGGAACUGGGGGUCACCCUAACCCCUGAACAAGAACAGAUGUUGGGGAUAACUCCCACUCCUCAGAAGGCACAGGAACUGGGGGUUACCCUCACCCCUCAACAAGAACAAAUGCUGGGGAUCAUCCCCACCCCUCAGCAGGCACAGGAACUGGGGGUAACGCUCACCCCUCAACAGGAACAGGAACUGGGGGUCACGCUCACCCCUCAACAGGAACAGAUACUGGGGAUCACCCCCACCCCUCAGAGGGCACAAGAACUGGGAAUCACGCUCACCCCUCAGAGGGCACAGGAACUAGGGAUCACCCUCACCCCUCAACAGGAACAGAUACUGGGGGUCACCCCCACCCCUCAGAAGGCACAGGAACUGGGGAUCACCCUCACCCCUCAACAGGAACAGAUACUGGGGGUCACCCCCACCCCUCAGGUAGCACAGGAACUGGAGGUCACCCCCACCCCUCAGAGGGCACAGGAACUGGGGAUCACCCUCACCCCUCAACAGGAACAGAUACUGGGGGUCACCCCCACCCCUCAGAGGGCACAAGAACUGGGAAUCAUGCUCACCCCUCAGAGGGCAAAGGAACUGGGGAUCACCCUCACCCCUCAACAGGAACAGAUGCUGGGGAUCACCCCCACCCCUCAGAUAGCACAGGAACUGGGGGUCACCCCCACCCCUCAGAGGGCACAAGAACUGGGGAUCACCCCCACCCCUCAGAGGGCACAGGAACUGGGGAUCACCCUCACCCCUCAACAGGAACAGAUACUGGGGGUCACCCCCACCCCUCAGGUAGCACAGGAACUGGGGGUCACCCCCACCCCUCAGAGGGCAAAGGAACUGGGGAUCACCCUCACCCCUCAACAGGAACAGAUACUGGGGGUCACCCCCACCCCUCAGAGGGCAAAGGAACUGGGGAUCACCCUCACCCCUCAACAGGAACAGAUACUGGGGGUCACCCCCACCCCUCAGAGGGCACAAGAACUGGGGAUCACCCCCACCCCUCAGAGGGCACAGGAACUGGGGAUCACCCUCACCCCUCAGAGGGCACAUGAACUGGGGGUCACCCUCACCCCUCAACAGGAACAGAUACUGGGAAUAACUCCCACCCCUCAGAGGGCACAGCAACUGGGGGUCACGCUCACCCCUCAACAGGAACAGAUGCUGGGGGUCACCCCCACCCCUCAGAUAGCACAGCAUCUGGGGGUCACCCUCACCCCUCAGAUAGCACAGGACCUGGGGAUCACCCCCACCCCUCAGAGGGCACAGGAACUGGGUAUCACCCUCACCCCUCAACAGGAACAGAUGCUGGGGGUCACCCCCACCCCUCAGAUAGCACAGCAUCUGGGGGUCACCCUCACCCCUCAGAUAGCACAGGAACUGGGGGUUACCCUCACCCCUCAGAGGGCACAGGAACUGGGAAUCACGCUCACCCCUCAGAGGGCACAUGAACUGGGGGUCACCCCCACCACUCAGAUAGCACAGGAACUGGGGGUUACCCUCACCCCUCAGACGGCACAGGAACUGGGAAUCACGCUCACCCCUCAGAGGGCACAUGAACUGGGGGUCACCCUCACCCCUCAACAGGAACAGAUGCUGGGGGUCACCCCUACCCCUCAGAUAGCACAGGAACUGGGGGUUACCCUCACCCCUCAGAGGGCACAGGAACUGGGGAUCACCCUUACCCCUCAACAGGAACAGAUGCUAGGGGUCACCCCCACCCUUCCGAUAGCACAGGAACUGGGGGUCACUCUCACUCCUCAACAGGAACAGAUCCUGGGGAUCACUCCCAGUCCUCAGAUGGCACAGGAACUGGGGGUUACCCUCACCCCUCAACAGGAACAGAUGCUGGGGGUCACCCCCACCCCUCAGAUAGCACAGGAACUGGGAGUCACCCCCACCCCUCAGAGGGCACAUGAACUGGGGGUCACCCUCACCCCUCAACAGGAACAGAUGCUGGGGGUCACCCCCACCCCUCAGAUAGCACAGGAACUGGGGGUUACCCUCACCCCUCAGAGGGCACAGGAACUGGGGGUCACCCUCACCCCUCAACAGGAACAGUUACUGGAGAUCACCCCCAGCCCUCAGAGGACACAGGAAUUGGGGGUUAUCCUCACCCCUUCACAGGCAAUGGGGAUCACCCCCAUCCCACAGCAGGCAAAGGAAGCAGGGGUCACCCCUGCCCUUGAACUGGAACAGGCACAGAGCAUCACUCUCACCCCUAAGCAGAGCCUGAGAGUCUUCCCCACCCCUCAACAGGCACAGUCACUAGGGAUUACCCACCCUACUCAGCAGGCAGAAACACUGGGCAUCACCCUCCCUCAGCAGCACCAGGCACUGGGGGUUACUCUCACUCAUCAGCAGAAACAGGCUCUGGGUCUUCCUUUGGCUUCUGAACAGGCUGAACAAGUCCAGGCCAUGGGAAUCUCCCUCCCUCCUGAGCAGCCCCAAGUACUGGGGAUCCAUCCUACCCCUGAGCACUCUCCAGCACGAAAGGUCCCUCUCACCACAGAUCAGGCGUGGAAACUGGCCGUUCCUCUCCCACCAGGAAUGGUUCAGGAAGUAUCGAAAACAGUUACUCUUCAGCAGAUCCAGGCUUUGGGGGACACUCCCUCCCAAGAGCAGAAGCAGACACUAGGCACUCCUGUCUUUCUGGAUCAGGCCCAGAGAUCAAGGUUUCCUACCAUUCUAGAAAGUACUGAUGAAUUGGUUAUCACUCCCAGUUCUGAAAAGACACAGGCUCCAGGGCUGCCUCUCUCCUCAGAUAAAGCCCAAGACUUAGACUCUUCCCUCAUAUCUAAGCAAAUCCCAUCUUUGAAAGUCCCUUUCACUUCACCCCGAGGUCGAGGUCGUACUGUCAUGUUUGAGCAGGACCUAAACUUAAGAGCCUCCCUAGUUAGAGAGCAGUCCUCGCAUGUUCAGGCUCCCUCCACUCUUAAACCUUUCCCCAAAUCAAAGAAAACUCCUCCUUUUGGGCAAUCCCUGACACCAAGUCCAAGCCAGGCCCAAGAAUCCUCUGCUCCCAUAGCUGAGAAGUCCUCUAAGACUGAGAGUUCAAUUUCUCCCAAGCCCAGCUCUGUUCCUCUGAAAUUCCAAGGAACUAGGAUUCCCCAGAGCCUAAUUUCUAAAGGUUCCUCUAUACAAGUUCCUGCUACUAGAAAACAAAGGGUACCAGUGGCCCCUCACCCUCCAGAUCAGCCCCUUGCCCCAGGGAAGGAGAGCCACAGCUUCAGGCAAUUUCUCACAUCUAAAGAUGUUUUGACAACCCAGCCACCCCUGAAAGCAAAGGGUUCUCCAGACUUCAGCCAGCCUCUGAUACCUGAAGUCCCAUUCACCUCUAGACAGAUUCCUACUCCCUCUCCCCUUCCUGGGAAACUUCGAGAAUAUGGACCCUUAACUUCCUUCAAGGAGGAGGAGAAGCCUCAGUCAUUCUCUGCAGUCUCUAAGCAAUCUCCCCAGCCUCAAGCCCCUUCUCCCCUGGGUCAGUAUUGGGCACCAAGGCCUCCUUCGGGGAAAACUUUCCCACAAUGGAUUCCUCCCAUUCCUGGACAUCCUCCAACACCCCAAACCCCCUCGCCUUCUGAAGAGUUCCAAAGAGACUUGCGCUCUUCUGUCCCUAUGAAAAGAAAAGGAUUGCCUACUAUUUCUUCUCUGAAAGCUAAAUCAACAUUGGCCUAUCCUGGUGCCCCACAAUUCAAAGCACCUCAAACCACAACUGAGAAGUUCCCAGUGCCAAAGUCCUCUGACACUGCUGAAGGAAUCCAAAGACUCCGUGAUCCUCUUGCCAUGGAACCACUUAGAAUACUUCAAUCCUAUGAUACCGAUUUUAGCAGAGCAAUAUCACACAAGCGUUUCACUGAUGGGGCUGCCCUUCCCACUCUUGUGAAGUCUGUAACACCUCUAACUACUCAAUUAUCCAAAACAUCUCACAUCUCACCUUCUGAGUUGGCCAAAAAAUCUCAACUCUCCCUUUUAAAGAAACCUCUGUCAGUGAUGUCUGUUUCAAGCAUCAAGAAACCGAAGAUGACAGUGCCCUGGUCCUCUCCCCAAGAGCUUGAAGGACAGAAAUUCUUCAUUGAUGUGGAGGCUCAAAAGAAGAAUCUUAUACUCUUAAAUCAGGCCUCAAAAGCCGCUGGACUCCCUUCACAGCUACACACAAUCGCUAGGAAUCUCAUAGUUGAGACACUUCAUGCAGACAGUGUUCGGAUGGGAUACCUAUUCCGCAAGUACAGUGCCUAUCGACUGAUUCAGCAGGCAAGAAACAAUAUAAUCAAACGAAUGAAAGCCAUCCAAAACACUGGGAAAGGCUAUGAGUUUCAGAACCUCAGCAUAAUGCUAAACAGACUUGAUGACUACCAGAAAAAGGUGAUGCAGGCCUGGACGCAGAAGCAGAAAUCUGUAGAGGAAAAAAGAGAUCAGUGCCUAAGGGAAAUGAUAACCACAUUUAGCCAGCUCAUAGAGAUGUAUGGGUUGAAUCUUAGUCUACCCAUUCCCUUGAUCACUGACAAAAAGCAGACACCUGUAACCAAAGCACCUAGCAAACCUGUCCAACAACCAUUCCCAGAAGAACGAAUGAAAGAGGACAGAAAAUACGACACUUUCAAGGAAUUUAGACAACAAGGAGAUCAGAUGGAAGCCAUUUGGAACACUGAUCUGUCCACAUCAAGUUAUCCAAUAACAGAGAAGACAUCAUUAAAUUUACUCUGGGAUGAACUGGGAGGGUACCCAGAUAUUCCUCUGCUACUCCAGUUAGAUAUUCAAUCUACUCUCAGAAAAUCUCUUUCAUCUAUUCAGUCACGAAUCAGGAAGUUGCCAAAAGUCAAUGUUUGA